CCAAGGUUUCAAUUGCCUUAGGCUCCCUUGUUUAAAUGUAUAUCUCAAUUCAAUGCCAUAAUAUAAAAGGAUACAAUUUGACCAAUCAGAGGAAACGUCAAGAAAACGUGCGUUCUACGUCAUCCACAUUUUGGGUAAUACGAGCAGGGCAGAUCCAUCCAAAUCACUCUGCUCCCGUAAUACAAUUUGGAACGCACACACUGCUGUGCGUCAUCUGUCUUCACUGUUCUUCGGUCUACUUUAAGAGGAAUAUGACGUCCCCUGCGGUCUGGCGGAGAUUUGCUCUCGUCCUCCUGGGUAUCGUUCUUGGUCUGUCACUGGCCGCAUGGCAAGGAGUCUUGGUACCACCCGUCAUCUUCCAGUCAGCACACCAGGUUAGCCAUGGCCCCGAACGUUUUUUUUCGGAGAGAUGUGGCGUCAACAUUUCACAAACCAAAGAAGAGAAAAUGAAGAUUUCUACAUGUGAGGCCAACUUUGCCAGUUUCAGGGCCACACAUGCGACCAUGAAUCGCCGCAAGAUGGAGAUAGAGCGUGUUGACAGUCAUUCCUAUUUAACAACUGACAGUCGGGUGUUAGAAGUUGGAGGAUACACUGGUCAAGAUGCGGCCAAGCUUAUCAAGAAAUACAACCCUCAUUAUUUGGCUCUCGAACCUGUACCCCGUUAUUACACUAUUUUGGAACGGCGGUAUAAAAGUAAUCCCAAAUACAAACUAUUCAAAUUUGGUCUCGGCAAGAAGGACAAGACCUUACUUCUGAAUAUAGAUUCCGAUGCCACGUCACUAUUUCGGGCGAAACAUGCGUCGAACAAGACCAAGAAGGAGGUAGCUUAUAUUCAUGAAAUCAAGGGCUUCUUUGAACAUAUUGGUGUGUAUACCAACCCCAUAGAUCUGGUCACAAUCAACUGUGAGGGGUGUGAAUAUGAGUUGCUUGAACUGAUGAUAUCAUCCGAAAUAGUGAAAUAUCUGAAAAAUAUCCAGUUUCAGUUUCACCUUGACCUUCCGGGAAUAGCCAGUGAGAAGUGCCGUUACUGCCAGAUCACGACAUUGUUGUCUAGGACACACAGACGUACUUUUCAGUAUUCCUACACAUGGCAGAGCUGGAAACGGAAGGAUCUUUGAUUUCAUGGUUUCAAAGUUACGUUUAUAUUUCUGGUUGUAUUAAUAUUUUAUGUACAAGUGUCUUAUUAUUAUUAUCAUUAUUUAUUUAUUUCACCCUUGAGGGGCGGUCGGGUAGCCUAGUGGUUAAAGCGUUCGCUCGUCACG